AUGAAUAAUAACAGCAGAAACAACGAAAAUCGAAGCACUAUUAACAGAAAUAAAAGGCAACUACAACAAGCAAAAGAAAAAAAUGAAAAUAUUCAUAUCCCCAGGUAUAUUAGAAAUCAACCAUGGUACUAUAAGGAUACCCCCAAAGAACAAGAAGGGAAGAAGCCCGGCAAUGAUGAUACGAGCACUGCAGAAGGAGGAGAAAAAAGCGACUACUUGGUGCAUCAUAGGCAAAAAGCAAAAGGGGGUGCUUUAGAUAUUGACAAUAAUUCAGAACCAAAAAUUGGUAUGGGUAUAAAGGAUGAGUUCAAACUAAUCAGACCCCAGAAGAUGUCCGUCCGAGAUUCUCAUUCGCUGUCAUUUUGUAGGAAUUGUGGGGAAGCAGGGCAUAAGGAGAAAGACUGCAUGGAAAAACCUCGUAAGAUGCAGAAGCUUGUUCCCGAUUUAAAUUCACAAAAAAAUAAUGGCACAGUUUUAGUACGAGCUACUGAUGAUGACUGGGACUCCAGAAAAGAUAGAUGGUACGGUUACUCAGGGAAAGAAUACAAUGAACUGAUAAGUAAGUGGGAGCGUGAUAAAAGAAAUAAAAUAAAAGGAAAAGACAAAUCCCAAACUGAUGAAACACUAUGGGAUACAGAUGAAGAGAUAGAACUAAUGAAGUUAGAACUUUACAAGGAUUCCGUAGGUUCAUUGAAGAAAGAUGAUGCUGAUAAUUCUCAGUUGUAUAGGACAUCAACGAGAUUGAGAGAAGAUAAGGCUGCUUACUUGAACGACAUAAAUUCAACGGAGAGUAAUUAUGAUCCUAAAUCAAGAUUGUACAAAACUGAAACACUGGGCGCAGUUGAUGAAAAAUCAAAAAUGUUCCGCAGACAUUUGACAGGUGAAGGCCUAAAAUUAAACGAAUUGAACCAGUUUGCUAGAUCUCACGCUAAGGAAAUGGGUAUACGUGAUGAAAUUGAGGAUAAGGAAAAAGUACAACAUGUUUUAGUCGCCAAUCCUACUAAAUAUGAAUAUCUGAAGAAAAAACGGGAACAAGAAGAAACCAAGCAGCCCAAGAUUGUCAGCAUUGGAGAUCUGGAAGCUAGGAAAGUAGAUGGUACAAAGCAAUCUGAGGAACAACGGAACCACUUAAAAGAUUUAUAUGGUUAA